CGGGGGUUUGGACAGGGGGAUCUGAUUUUAGGAGAGUUUGAAGAGCGAAUACAGAGAUAUUAUGCUGCACCGUGGAGAAGCACAGGCACUGGUUGUUGUGGAGCUGAUGGUUAUGCCAAGCUUCGGGAGGUUUUUAGGAGACAUGCUGCCGCUGUAGUUGGUGUUAUAAUAGAAACCAGGCGUUUGCUCUAUGAGAGAGGCUUGUUUUUUGUAUUGAACUGGAUACCGAAGUGAGGAGGGAGAGCGAGCAACAAGUGGAAUCUGGUGUGGAGAGGCUGAGAUUUCUCACCAUCACCAGCUGUUAUGGAAGAGCACAAGGAGCCCAGCAGCGGCCGGGACUCGACCGAGGACGAGAGCAUGUCCCUGUCGCCGAACCUCCCAUCCCCUGCCAUGAUCCUACCCCAUCCGGCCGCGCAGCAGGCCCACAGAACCACGAACUUUUUCAUCGACAACAUCCUCCGGCCGGACUUCGGCUGCAGGAAGGAGCCGAGCUACCGCGAGCGCAGCCAGACGCCGGGCAGGGAGAACGUGAACCCGCUGGGAGCGAGGCCGCCGCACGCCGGCAGCCUCUGCCUGGACUCCAACUGCAGCAGCGACAGCGCCUCCUCCUCGCCCUCCUCGUCCUCCUCCACGUCCUCGUCGCCCGCGUCCAAGCAAAGCUCGUCGAAGCCCGGCGAGGCGGCCAGCAACGGGGCCGGCAGAUACGCGGACAGUCCGUCGUCGAUUGUGGUUGUGAGCGGCAGCAAUGGAGGCUCUUCAGCGGGAAUGAAGGAGAGCCAGCCGCUGCUGUGGCCCGCCUGGGUUUACUGUACGCGCUACUCGGACCGGCCCUCAUCUGUUUCCACGCCAGGCCCAAGGACACGGAAACUGAAGAAGAAGAAGAACAGCAAGGAGGACAAGCGGCCCAGGACGGCGUUCACGGCUGAGCAGCUGCAGAGACUCAAAACCGAGUUCCAGGCCAACCGGUACAUAACGGAGCAGAGGAGACAGUCCCUCGCCCAGGAACUGAACCUGAACGAGUCCCAGAUCAAAAUCUGGUUCCAGAACAAGAGGGCCAAGAUUAAAAAGGCCAGCGGCUACAAGAACGGCCUAGCGCUGCAGCUUAUGGCGCAGGGACUGUACAACCACUCAACGACCACCGUGCAGGAGGAGAAGGAGGAGAGCGAGUGAGCGCCCCCCGCCCCCGCCGGACACUUCCCUACUCAGGGGCUGGCUGACUCUGGACUCAUGGAGAUAAAGAAAAAAACUGAACUGGAAAUGGGGGGAUCGCUAUUUAAAAACACAGAUUUCUGUUUAUGGUAACAGUAUAUGGACAUAAUUAUAUAAAAAAAAAAAAAAAAUUGAACGACCGUUAUUAAAAUUUAUAUAGCCACACAGUUAUCAUGUUGUAUACAUUACUGCAUAUUGGAUUCCAGGCUCAUUUUCAAUCCGCCAUUUAUUCUUUUUUUUAUUUUAAUUUUAAAUUUUUAGGGAUGUGUGACUUUCUAGGUUGUCGUGCUCUCCUCGUCCUUCAUGUCUGCGCCACAUUUUCCUUCAACAAACCAGUCCGCCGGACUCAGCCAAGCCAAAGAUUUUUACUAUGUUCACAUGUAGUCUGAAAUAAAACAGAAAAAAAGAGCAAGAUAUAAUGGACUAAUUU